AAAGGAGUUGUUUACAUUUGUCUUGAGUAGACCUGUAAGUGUUGCUGUGGGCAGAAUGUAUUUGUAAACAUGAUACAUUAUUACUCUGACUACUUCAUAAAGUACUCUGGUCAACUUCCUUCCUUUCACAAUUGGUUUAUAUAUGCGGUAGAUUUCAGCACUAAAAUUACUCAUUUAUUAGUUAUUAUACAUUUUGUGUGGGCUUCACGGUGGCAGAGGGGUUAGUGCGUCUGCCUCACAAUACCAAGGUCCUGAGUAGUCCUGGGUUCAAUCUCAAGCUCGGGAUCUUUCUGUGUGGAGUUUGCAUGUUCUCCCCGUGAAUGUGGGGGUUUCACUCCGGCUUCCUCCCACCUGGGAAUAGGCCCCUCCCACCUCCAAAGACAUGGACCAGGGGAUAGGCUGAUUGGAAACACGAAAUGGUCCCUAGUGUGUGAAUGUUGUCUCUCUAUCUGUGUUGGCCCUGUGAUGAGGAGGCGACUUGUCCAGGGUGUACGCUGCCUUCUGCCCAAUUGUAGCUGAGAUAAGCUACAGCGCCCCCCGCGCCCCAAAAGGAAUAAGCAGUAGAAAAUGGAUGGUUGCAGUUUGUGGAGGAUUUAUUAUAUAAUGGACAGUUGGAUACAUUCACAGUUUUUUUAGCAGUGGUGUGUCUAGGGGGGGGGGGGCCUAGAAUCUGCCCGGCCAAAGCAGGUGCCCCCCCACUCAGAUGGAGCGAUUUGAAGCAGUUGUUUUUUCAAAGAGUUGCUCAAAACAUGGGUCCCCAAAUUGCAGCUUGUGGACUGUCCAGAGUUUAUUUUCAAAACAUGAAAGGAGAGAUACUGAAUCAGCAAUUAUUGUUACAAGGUUUGGUCCUAUAGGUACUACCUUGGACAACCUUUCCAAUUCAAAAACCAACACAGAACGUUCACACUCUUCACAUUUGGACAUGUGUGACACAUUUUAGUUGGGACAUCAACAGGAAAUGGAUGGCAAGAUACUUCUGAUGGGUUACAAACUUUCAGGACGUGGUCAGGGAAGUAAACAAGGUAGGAAUGCUUCACAUACUCUCAAUAUUCCAUCUUUUAUCCUUUAUACCUGAUCACGUAUACGUGGGGUAUGUGUGCGUAUCUGCAUAGUAGUGGUAGUACAUGGGUGUGUUUUGUCCAUAAACCUGGAGGCGAUGUCUUUGAAGAAGGGGGGGAGGGACUUAAGUGUUACGCACACUCCUAUUGGUAGUCAUGCAGCCCGGGGACACGCCCACCCCCCAGGACAAGAGGCCAAGGUGCGUGUGUACCUUUUCUUUUGGGUAAAACCACAGCACCUUUGGCGGAGACGCACACGUCUGAGCAGGAGGCGGGGCCUGGCUAAUCCUCACAGCCAAUAAGAGCAUCCCUCACAGCGAGAGCGGAGAACUCCCCUUCUGGUCUGCAGGCGGUUCUUCACGGUGCCAUCUCCACGACGACAGAAGCCAGGCGACAUGAAUCUGGAGGCGCCCAAAGCUGAGAUCAAAUCGGCCACCCGGGUGAGCGGGGGCCCCGCCACCCCACGCAAAGGACCCCCCAAGUUCAAGCAGAGGCAGACGCGCCAGUUCAAGAGCAAGCCCCCCAAGAAGGGCGUGCAGGGGUUCGGCGAUGACAUCCCGGGGAUGGAGGGCUUGGGAACCGACAUCACCGUCAUCUGUCCCUGGGAGGCCUUCAACCACCUGGAGCUGCACGAGCUGGCCCAGUACGGAAUCAUCUGAGCUGGAACUGUGGACUGGAACAAACACACAAACGGAAAGAAAAAUAAAUGUCACAGCAUCCGCGGGUCUUUAGGAUCCUUGUAUCUGCAACGUCACAUGACCCCGCCGCUCGCCGUGGACGCCUUCAGAACCAUGAUGUUACCAUGUGACCGCUUUAACACCUGUACCGCAUAAAUCCUGUGUCUUCA